AUGACAGGAAAAGGCACCUCCGAAGCUGCCACCUGUGCUCCAGAGGAGACAGCCUCGGAGCCCACCAUUGAGCCCUCCAAGGAGGGGGCAGCAUCAGAGUCCAGUGGGGAGGAGGAAGUUGCCAAGCCACAGGAGCCUGCUUCUGAUGCACCUGCCCCAGCCGCCACUAAACCAGCACCCUCAAGAGAAGAUGUCCCCAGUACCCCACUGAGUCUGACUGUGGAAGAUGUGAGCAGUAGCUCGGUGACCGUGAGCUGGGAGCCCCCGGAGAGGCUAGGGAAGCAGGGGUUCCAGGGCUACGUGCUGCAGCUCUGCCAAGAGGGAGCCUCAGAAUGGGUGCCUGUGAAUGCCCGGCCCAUGAUGGUGACGCAGCACACCAUGCGGAACCUGGCUCUGGGGGACAAGUUCUUCCUGCGCGUGGCUGCGGUGAACUCUGCAGGGGCUGGCCCGGCAGCCGAGCUGGACCAGCCUGUCCACAUCCGGGAGAUCAUCGAGGCCCCCAAGAUCCGCGUGCCCCGCCACCUUCGUGAGACCUACAUCCGCCAGGUGGGAGAGACGGUCAACCUGCAAAUCCCCUUCCAGGGGAAGCCCAAGCUUCAGGCCUCAUGGACUCACAAUGGCCACGCCCUGGACAGCCAGCGGGUGAACGUGCGUACCGGGGACCAGGACUCCAUCCUCUUCAUCCGCUCCGCCCAGCGCUCUGACUCGGGCUGCUAUGAGCUCACCGUGCAGCUGGAAGACCUGGAGGCCAAAGUGGCCAUCGAUGUCCUGGUGAUUGAAAAGCCCGGAGCCCCCAGCAGCAUCAGGCUCCUGGAUGUCUGGGGCAGCAAUGUUGCCCUUGAGUGGACGCCACCCCAGGACACAGGCAACACGGAGCUCCUGGGCUACACUGUGCAGAAGGCAGACAAAAAGACAGGGCAAUGGUUCACGGUGCUGGAGCGCUACCACCCGACCACCUGCACCAUCUCCGACCUCAUCGUGGGGAACUCGUACUCCUUCCGUGUCUUCUCGGAAAACCAGUGUGGACUCAGCACCUCGGCAGCCAUCACCAAGGUGCUCGCCCACAUCCAGAAGGCAGAUAUUGCUGCCAAACCUAAAGGGUUUAUUGAGCGAGACUUUUCAGAAGCACCCUCGUUCACCCAGCCCCUGGCCGACCACACUUCCACCCCUGGCUACAGCACUCAGUUGUUCUGCAGUGUCCGAGCGUCACCCAAGGCCAAGAUCAUCUGGAUGAAAAAUAAGAUGAAUAUCCAGGGGGACCCCAAAUACCGCGCCCUCUCUGAGCAAGGCAUCUGCUCCCUGGAGAUCCGUAAACCCAGCCCCUUUGACUCUGGUGUCUACACCUGCAAGGCCACCAACGUGCUGGGGGAGGCAUCUGUGGACUGCCGGCUGGAGGUCAAAGCGUCAGCCACACACUAAGGAGAUACCAGAGGAGGCUGUGAUGAAGAGCAAGGUGCCGCAGACCUGAGGGAGACCAGAAUCCACCCCCACAGGUGCCUGAGACCUGUUUCUGGAGUGACAGCUGAUGGAACAGCUCCCUGGUUCCGGCCUGGCCUCCCUUCCUACCCAGGCUGGAGCCCAGGACCCAGGAGUGGGCCUAGCAGGCCUCAGGCCGGCCUUCCCAGACACGAGGGCCACCUGAAAGGUGCAGAGAUUUGCACAUCCCUGCAGAGGGGUGUGCAAUGGGCAAGAAACGCUCAAAUAAAGGUGUGCAGUGUU